AUGUAUCUGGAGAAUAAGAGCGACCUGGACCUGAAGUCCCCAGCAGCAGCCCCUGGCCUCCAGGGAAGGUCCAGUCUGAGGACAGCAGAGGCGGUGGCAGGGGGCUACGGUGAGGUGGCGGGGAACUUUGGAGACCUGCGUCUGCUGGAGGGGUUCUCAGGAAGGAUAGAGUCUCAGAAACUACAGCAGGCCUCCGCCAGAUCCCCGGGGAACUGUGUUAUGCACGCUGAAGCUGUCAUACCGCUCAGGAAGGAGACGCGUUCUACCUUCAGUAUGGUCAACUUUCUGAAGGGAAACACCGACCGGACCAACUCCAACCACACAGAGAGAUCUCCCCUCAUCAGAUUCUCCCAAGAUGACAGUAUAACGUACAUGACCCUGUAUGAGGGCGAGGAGACAUGGGAUAACAGCAGUUUGGAGCUGGAUAGGAGGUGUCGUCUGGGGAGUGAGGUCACUAGCCUGUCCCUGUCACGAUCCUCCUCCACAGAGAAAGACCCUCUGGACGUACACCUAAACUUCAAACUGUCCAACAGCAUGAGAUCUUGCCUCUCCAUCUUUAAAAUCACCUGUAUCUUCACCUUUGUCGUCCUCAUGUCUUUGUUCUUCAGUAUGUAUCCAGACAGAGACAACCCUUGGAGGAUGCUGGCUGUCUCCCCUACAGAGAGCUUCUCCUUGAACCUGACCGAUUUCCAUGACAACGCCUUGCUGAAGCUGCAGGUGGGCGGGCCUUUCGUGAGUGGCAUGGUGGAUCUGACCAAUGAGGAGUACAUCCUUAUUCAGGUGGAGCAGACUGAAGAGGCGGGGCCACGGAGAAGGCGGGUCCAGACAGUGAUGUAUAACUGGACCAUACCUCUGCAUUCUGAACGGAGCGACCAGGUUAUAACAACUAAAACAUUUGCGAUGUUGAGCAGUGACCCCAUCAUCAUUACGGUGCAGGCGUUCGUCCAGGACGACUCCAUCGUCCCUCUCUCCAUGACCCACCAGUCGCUCUACGUAACCGCGGAAAGGCAGGUGGUCAUUGCUGCAGUCAUCCUGGGGGGAGUUUACGUCCUCAUCAUCUUCGAGAUUGUCCACCGUACUCUGGCGGCCAUGUUGGGUUCCCUGGCUGCCCUGGCUGCUCUGGCCAUGAUCGGAGAUCGUCCCAGUCUGAGCACUGUGGUGGAAUGGAUCGACUAUGAAACUCUGGCUCUUCUGUUUGGCAUGAUGAUUCUAGUAGCCAUCUUCUCAGAGACUGGCUUCUUUGACUACUGUGCUGUGAAGGCCUACCAGCUGUCCAGAGGCAAGGUCUGGCCCAUGAUCAUCAUCCUGUGUCUCAUAGCAGCCAUCCUGUCUGCCUUCCUGGACAAUGUGACUACUAUGAUGCUCUUUACUCCUGUUACCAUCAG